CUAGGCAAUUUGUAACGAUUUUUAUGCUACUGUCGAUACAAUUUACAAGUUAACAUGAUCGAUUGAAUGAAAAUAUAAGAAUUAAUUGUUGAUUUUUCACCGGUUUCAGCUGAAACUGAUUUCAGUUCAAAACAUUAAAAAAAAAAUUAUGCCGAAAGGACCUUAGCGCAGCCCUCCUCACCAUUCAAUCCCUAGCGCAGCCCUCCUCACCAUCUCCUCCCUCUUAGUCUUACGGGAGCCGGCGGCACCGACUCAGAUCUCUGGCCUUCCUCGCCAGCGAUCGGCCCCACCUUCGUCAUCGACGGCGGAAGGUCCUCUCUCCUCGCCCGGUUGAUCACCGUCACUGGCGACGGAAACUUCGUGUUCUCCGGCUUUUUCUGGCGGUCCCUCGGCGACGGAAGCGGCGAGUACUGCGUGAACCUGUCGACGGCGAGUCGGCGACGAUCGCGUUGGAGUUUUCGGCGAGUCGCCGAGCUCGGAUCGCAUCGGCGAGUGCGGCGACUCCAUGUGAGUCAACGACGACUCAGAGUUCCGACGACGAUUUCUUCAUGGUUGCUUUGUUAAGUUGGCGUUGCUGGCUUUGGGUUUGGGUUAGCAUUUGGACGAGGAAGGGCAGUGGGAGACACUGAAACUUAUAUAUUUUAAGGCCACGUUGGAUUCCACGUCGGUUAGUAAAACUCUCGUGCUAAAAGUUUACGUACGUGUAGCCGUUUAGAGAACUUGAUUGAAAGCACUCCUCUCUGCCGUUGAGAGGCUGGAGGUGUUCGUGGCACACAGAUGAGAACACAGCGGAGAGCCCAAGGCAUUUUGGCUCUAAAGGGUCCCACCUUUGUAAUUGGCAGUCGUGGGAAAACAAUAAUUAUCACCAUAGGGUGGAGCUGAUACUAGAUCAGCUCAGAGUUGACGAACUUGUCGCUGGCUCCAUCAAUUUCAUCUGUUGCCUGUUUAACUUGUGUAUGUUGUUGUUGCGGUUGAGCCGUAGAUUGAAUUUCACGAUGAAUAUACGUUGCUUCCAAAGGAACUUCUUUGCUGCUUCGUCCCCUCUGGUCCCAGUGCCACUUCCAUCUCCAAUGGAAACACAUUUAUGGUAUUUAGUACCUAAUGAGGUGAAGAAUGAAACACUUCUUAAUCAAUAUUUGGAACUUCUAUCCCCGUGCGAGAGAGAGAAUGUUUUCCGAAUGAGUGGAGAUCAGCUCCGAAAAAGAGCCUUGCUGGCCCGUGCACUGGUUCGCACUACGAUUUCAAGAUAUCAGACAAAUAGUCAAGUUCAUCCAAGAUCCUUGAAGUUUAGGAAGAAUAUCUAUGGGAAGCCUGAGGUAGACUGGCAAGAUGUUGAUGACAGGCACCUACCACCCUUGCAUUUCAACAUUUCACACACUUCUUCCUUAAUAGCUUGUGGAGUGACUGUGAAUUCACCAAUUGGUAUUGAUGUGGAAGAGAAGCAACGGAAGUUAAAGAACAAUAUCUUAGCAUUUGCUCGAAGGUACUUUUCUCCUUACGAAGUGGAACUUUUAACUGCUAUUUCAGACCCUGAAUUUCAGCGUCAGGAGUUAAUAAAAUUAUGGACUCUCAAGGAGGCAUAUGUGAAAGCAUUGGGAAGGGGCUUCUCAGGUGCACCUUUUAAGACCUUUACGAUUCGGUUUCGGACUGCUAUGGAAGGGGGCAUUCAUCUUUCCGGGCAUAGAGAAUCUGAGGUAUUUGAUAUAGUCGUUGAUUCUUUUGAUGACCCCAAGAAUCUCACAAACAAUUGGCAAUUUGCACUCUUGAAUUUGGCCGGUUCUCAUUAUGCUGCCAUAUGCACGGAAAAGGAUGGAACCACUGGAGGCAAAGGGACCCUUCCAAUGAAAUUGACAGUGUGGAGAACCAUUCCAUUUGUUGAAGAUGAAUGUGUUUCUGGAACUGAUGCUGUUGUAGCAAUAGCUGGCUUGACUUAAGCAAUUGUGAUUAUGGUCUGUGUAAUGAGCUCAAUUCUCUGACAUUGGAUUUCCAAAUUAUGUGAUUUUAAAGCAAUUGGAAGGCUAAACUUUUACGUUCUUUUCUAUCAGCAAUGCACUUAUAUAUUGCCUGUAGAAUGGAAUGGAUAUCAGAUUUUGUAAGAGAUGUAUAUAAUGUACAUUUCUUUUCUAUUUUAGAGACCAAUUUCUUGCAUCUUUGUGGUGCUUGCCAAGUUGAGCCUCUGGCGUUUGUAAAAUUUUUAUAUGUUGGUCGUUGGUAAUAGUUUUAGACCUCCAGAAAACUAUGUGGUUAUGUUGUACAGAGUCGUCACUGUUAAUGGUAA